GGUCGACUGUACACUUUUAACGCAGGGAAACGACUGGGUGCUGUGCUACUAAACAACACUUCAGACGGACUUUUAUUUCGUUUAGAAAGUACCUAAAAGCUGAUAAACGAACACUCGGACAAUGACUGUUGCUGGAAUUUACCGGGUCUUUACCUUUUCGGCUCUUUUGAUUUUCGCUUCGGCGCAGGAAGGUACAAUCAAAGGAAGAGGUUUUACUGGCGUUUUGGAUGAAUACUUGGAUCUUGUGGUAGUUGAUCAGAUCACUGUAGAUACUCUAAAGAGUGGUCUAACAACCAUUUUCCUGCCGAUCAUUUACAUAAUCGUCUUCGCUGUCGGGUUGCCUAGCAACGCAAUGGCGAUAUAUAUUUUACUGUUCAGGUCAAAGAAAAUUCACCCCUCGGCCAUCUACAUGGCUAACCUGGCUCUGGCCGACUUAAUGUUUGUUAUCUGGACACCUCUUAAGAUUGAUUACCACUUUAAAGGGAAUAACUGGACAUACGGGGAAGGGAUGUGUAAAGCGAUGGUGGGUUUCUUCUACGCCAACAUGUACUCUUCCAUCCUCUUCAUCACUUGUCUAAGUAUACAGCGGUACUGGGUUUGCGCUCACCCACUUACGCAGCAGAGGACAAACAACAAAUCUGCAAUCAUAGUAUCUGUUUCUAUCUGGAUCUUUAUUUGGGUCAGCACAACGCCUUUGUACCUGUACCAGCAGACUGCUAAACUCUCAGACCCUAACAUCACCACCUGCCAUGACGUCAACAUUAUCAGCAGGGAGAACUUCCAAACGGACAAAGCGUUCCUGGACGUUACGAAGCCCUACUAUUAUUUUAUGGUGAUGGCAGGGCUUGCGUUCUUCAUCCCAAUGGUGGUCAUCAUCGUGGCCUACAUCCUGCUGCUCCGAUCUCUUGGGAAUUCCGCAGUCGAGGGCAGCGCUGGGAAAAACCGCCAGCGGGCCAUGGCCCUCAUCAUAACCGUGCUCAUGACAUUCCUGGUCUGCUUCAUUCCUAGUAAUGUGAUGCUGGUUGUACACUACGCACUUCUGUGGAAGGGUUGGGCCAAUAACGGCUACAGCUUCUACAUCACAACGCUAUGCUUGGCCAGUCUAAACAGCUGUCUGGACCCUUUCGUGUACUAUUAUGUGUCUGAUGAGUUCAGGGAACAUGUUAAGAACACGCUACUGUGCCGCAGUAGUCGUACGGUGGAGAGGAUGAGAGUGUCUUUCAGUUCAAUGAAAUACUCUAAAAAGUCCAACACGUACACUUCCAGUACAGCCCACACAGAAAAUAGCACCUGCUGAGAGCACGACCUGAAAGACUGGGUUGGGUGUUUAUAUAUAUAUAUAUUAACUCUAAGACUGUGACACAAUGGAGGGAAUUUUUACAGAAACAUUGCCUUGGUCAAUCAGUGAAGGAGUCUAUGAAGGGGAUAUUUUGUUUGACUGUGAGACUUUAGUAAACCAAAAGCUGAUCAGCUGAUGGUGCCCACGAAGACAGUUUAAAAAGAACAGUCUGUUUAGACAUGAGUUUGUAAUCACAUGACUCUGCUGUAGCAUACAGUCUAAACCUCAGGAGGUUGUAAAGAGACAGCACUCUCAAAAAACUUUUAGCCAGAUCAUUUAGCAUUUAUUCAGAUCAUUUUGUUACAUUUGCUAAUGCUCAAUGGGUCUUGUUUAAAGAUAUUUAAUGUGAAUUUAUCAGCCCAUUAUGGGUAAAAUAUUAAAAUGUAUGUACAGUUUAGCCUGGAUUUAUGUUGUUAAUAUUAGAUGUUUUUCUAUUGCUCCAUAUCUGAUUAACACUGUUAAUAAAAACAGUUCCUGUGAUGUUUCUUGACCUCACUAUAUCAUAUAGCUGAAAUUGGUCAGCCACUUCUUAUCUGUGAUAAAAGUUUGAGUAAUAUAUUUUUAAAGUGACACACAUUUGACAGUUCAGACUGAAACAACUGUAACUGUGUUAACUGAGCUUUAUAAUCUUAAACUUGCUUUCUAAUGUCAAUCAUUUUACAGUUACUAGUUGGUUGAGCGCACAUCUGUGGUCAUGUUCACUGUUAAAUAACUGGUUAUGUAUACAAUUUUUAACUCUUAAAAACCACUUAGGCCUACAUCUCUAUUUUGGUUAUCGGAUGUCACUGUACCUCUUACUUUUGAAAUAAAUGUUUGUUUUGUUAGU